UUGUCUAUGUUUUCCUGCAAAAGUGUAAAUUACGUCCUCUGUCACAAAUGUCAUGUGAAGUCAAAACAAAAAAAAAGAAAAUAAACAUGUGAACAUCUUGGCAUUGUCGGCCACUUUCGUUGGGAGAUAAUUACUGAAGUCACAACAUUUUGAAAUCUCCAGUCCUUACCAUGAUCGUUGCUCUUCAGACUUUGGUUUUUUUCCGUGAAUCUUUGCUGACUGCGUUGGACAGAUUGCUUCGCCCUUACUACAAACAGCUAACUCUAGCUUUUAGUAGAAAUGGAGCUAUUGCUGAUGAUGAGGAGCCGGAAGAGCAGGUGUUUGCCGAGUUUGACGACGACAAGGGGGUUGUGUUUUACCCGCCUAUGUACGCGCAGAGGUAUGCCGCCGUCAGCGACUGUCUUAUGGACGACCGGUGGUACGGGAAGUUAGAAAAGGUUGUGGAUUUUGGCUAUCAUGAUAUGAGUUUUGUCAAAUACCUAAAGGAAGUCCCUGGUAUCCAUUGCAUUCUUGGUGUAGACAUUGAGACCAUUCCUCUCCGAUGUUCAUCAGAUCUUCUUGGUGGAGAUGAUUAUGCUCCCAAAAGAGAGACACCCCUUCAAGUCAUUCUUUUCCAAGGCAAUGCCGCAGAUCCUGACUACAGACUUAUCGGCUGUGAUGCAGUAGUGGCCAUAGAGAUGAUAGAACACAUGCUGCCUCACGACCUGGACCGCCUAGUACACACUGUAUUCGGCUUUAUAAAACCCUGGAUUGUGAUAUUCACCACUCCAAAUGCUGAUUUCAAUGUCCUUUUCAAAGCUCUAGAGAAGAAUGGAUUGCGACGUUGGGAUCACUUGUUUGAGUGGACGAGAGAGCAGUUUCAUGACUGGUGCAGUAACAUAGUGGUAAGGUAUCCACAGUACACGGUGACGUGUCAGGGCAUAGGACCCGGACCGCCAGGGACGCUACACUAUGGUUGCUGCAGCCAAUUAGCUCUGUUCAUAUCCAAAGACUACCAUAAACAACAGGACUUACAUCUCAAUAGCUUAGCUUUGGUUACCACACCAAGUCCAAAUAACUAUAGCGAAGUAUUCGAGGGCUGGGAAAGCGAAAACGAGACACGCAAUGAGAAUUUUGUUACGCCGCCUAAAAUUGGGGAUUCUCUAACCGAACUCAUAUAUCCUCAAAAGCAGUCUCACGUGACCCUUGUGAUUUCGUCCACUCUCUGCACAAUGCCGUCGUUCUCAGUCGACUCGUAUACCUACCACGACAAGACGCUACAGUGCAACCUGGACACUGAAGUUGGAAAGAGUUUCCUUAUGUUUGAUAACGAACAGUACUUUGAUGUGGUUAUACCGAGAAGGAGAGUUAGUCACAAAGUUUAUGAGAUUGAAGAUGUCUAUAGCAGGUUAAACUGUACCACGUUGCAAAUAAAGAAAUUCUCUAAGACCACACAGAAUUUAAUGGCUAAGAACAAAAUAGACUCUUUAGUUCACACGAGGGAAGUCGUGGAUGAAAUCCGACACCUCACCAAGACAUUGAACUUCAAUAAAAUAGCGCAGAACCAGCAUGGUGAUGGCGGCUCUCAGAUUUGGGCUAAUAUCAAUUGGGGAGAGAACGCGCCGUACUGGAACCAGUAUUAUACGAUUGUUAAAGAGUAUAAUUAUCCAUUUGAGACGAAAUCUGAAGAGGUUCGUAUUCUCGACUUGGUAUCUGAAGAGAUAAACAGGAUGGUUGACACGCAAUGUGAUGAAGAGUUCUCGGUGGACGUCAACCGGUUAGAGAUACCCCUGACGCAUCUCAUGACUGUGGUCCAACACAUCACAGAUGACGUCAAUAAGGUUAGAGACCUUCUCGAAUGGAACGGCUAUGAGAUAAUAAAUGACGUGGUGAUACAUUCGCGUCUGGUUGUGGACACAACAUCUGUGGUCACUCACGAGGAAGAGUGGCAGGAUAACGACACCGUCUCUGACUGGGACACUACAGAUGUUCAUUCCACAACCAUGUCAGAUGGCAGCACUGUCGUACCGGACCAUCAUGAACUCUGCCCCAAAGGUCGUUGCCUCCGCCGUGCGUUGGACACUAAAGUUCGAAAUCUUAGAGCCAUGCUAUCAGCUGACGAGGAUAUUACCACAGAACUGGACAGGGUCGUCUGUAGGCUCAUGAAGUUGGCCCUGCAGACCAGUAGGGGGCGCCAGUCGCCUCCCCCCACCAGAUGGAUGCAAUGCAAGCUUCUCGACUUGCUUACCCUCACAGAAAAGGCCAUAGGGCGGCGCAAGAAGCAUUUCCUUGAGAGCUAUCCAGUUAAAGCUCUUGAGUUUGAAGUCCCAGAGGUAAAAUUGCCUCAGAAUGAAGUUGAUCAAGAUAUCCGAGUGAAGGAAAUCGUCGAUAAGUAUCGUCACUUGCUUCAGCCUUUGGAGAAAACAACUAAUACUGAUGUAAAGAUUAGUCCUAUAAAUGAAAUAGAAACAGAGGAUGACUUCCUGAGCACUACGAGUAAUGAGUUUAUGAAAGGUAUAUCCCCGAGUCUAGUCAUCCCCCAGCCAGUAUUCAGCUCAGAGGUAUUCGUGCCUGAACAGCCACCUCCAAAAGUAUCGCCCCUAGAAAGGACGAAAGCUUGGCUAGACGAAGAUGUUGAAGUUGUCCCAUAUCCCAAACACGAUGUGACUUACGAACAGAACAUUAGUUCUGGGGACACCGACCACAGUCACACUAACGCUAGGCACAAGCACAAGAAGUCAGGUAAAAAACACAAGGCUACCAACAACAAAGAAAUAAAAGAAUCAGAACCUCCACUUUGUAAGCCAUCGCAAAGUAAAAGUUCCAACACUAAAUAUAAAAUUAAACGUGAAUUAAAAAAUAAGAAGAAGAGUAGCGGCACUCGAAUAUCGAAAAAGGUACUUAAUAAAAAGAAGUCAAGUUACAGUAGUUUGUUUAAAAAUGCUGGCGGAAAACAUUCGUCAACUGGAUAUGAGAGCUACAUCGUGAAGCCCAAUAAGAAAAGUGAUGAGGUUCAGUAUAAAAAUAAGGCUGCUGCGAAACCGAUUCCAGAAAGCUUAAUCGAACUGUGUCAUCCAGAGUUAAGAGCAGAAAAACAUGUCAAGGAACACAAAGUGGCGAGUAUUCCUGAUGAAUCGAAUACUGUGAUGUCCAACCAUACUAGUAAUAUAUCAGCAACUGAAGAGAGUUGCCAUAUUGAUAUAGUUAUGCAAGACUUUGAGGAAACUAUAGCUUUACGCAGAACUAUUGGCACGGAUGCAGACGAAUCAGCUGAAGUUGUGGAAAAAGAUGCAGUUGAAACAUCCAGCGCGGAAAUUGAUGAGAAUUUAUGCACUAAACACGAAGUGAGCACAGAAAAUGUGCAGUCACAAACGAUAUUUCUUAAUGAUAUUAAUGAACCUAGCACUUCAAAAGGAAUUCGUCACAAUUUAAGCACUGAUGUUCAAUGUGGUCCGGACACCUUGGCAGCGUACCCUAUGCUAUCUGCAUCGACAUCUUUAGUCAGGAUGCCACAAGUCUUUUCCACGGGAAUAAAGAUUUGUGAUGCAGUUGCCGACGUCAAAUCCAAAGGGACAGAUUUCGGCACCUCCACUCAAGAUAAUUUUAAUCUUACAACGAUAUCGCCAAGGCAGAGAUCAAUUGGAAUCAAAAUAAAAGAUUCUGAUGCAAACCUCUGCACUCAGACUGAUUCUACAAUCACCAUAACUUCUCCCGUGCCCCAUUCGGAUACGGCAGAACUGACUUAUACAGUUUCUCACAGCCCACAAGUGAACAGUCUUGUAUCGUCGCCUGAAACGAAACUAUUAAAACCAAUAUCAAGCACUUUGAAAAUAGAGGAUUCCGGAUCAGAGUUUUGUGAGCCGAGUAUCGCGAGCUCGACAAAAACUCUUUCAUAUUUUAUGAACGUAUCAAAAAAUACCAGCGAUAUUCUGAUUGAGUGUUCUGUGAGCAAGGAAGGGCAAGUAAUAGAAAAGAAACCAAACGUUAAAUGUUCACGGCCAAAGUUGUGCUGUGGAGGAAUACACAUUCACAGUUACAGAGAAAAACAAGUUUGUGAAGACAUUGUCUAUCAAGGAGAGUGGCAGCGGUGCAGGCCAAAGACUCUUGCACGGAAAAAGAUGUACAAUACGGUAACUACAAGAAAAGUUGCCGAAGCACAUUUGAGGAAAAAGAAGGAAAUGUUAAAAGACAAGAAAGCAACUUCCGCAGAUAAGCUUGCAAUAAAGGGGGUAGAGAAAAAAGAAAGCAAGACAGAGUCUAAAAAAACUGCACAAAUGCGGCUUACUAGACUUCUUAAAAUCAAACAAGAGACCGCAUCUCAUGACCAGAUUAGAAAAUCCUCCCUCGUUAAAAUAAACAAAAGCAUUGUCAAACUGUCCGCAAAAGCUAUGAAAAUUCCUAGACCCGUUAAAACCGUCACCAAGGUCUCCUCAAAGAUAGCAAUGGGUGCCAUUACUUCUAAAAAUACGAAAUCCACUUUUACUGUAAAAAGACCAGCAAUAUUGCCUAACAUUAAUGUUCAAAAAGAAAUUGAGAAACAAAAGCAAAAAAAGAGUUGUAUACCAUUGUACUUGAAGAGAACACCGAACACUAAUAAAAAUAAUUUAAAUAAAAGUUUAGAUUCUGCCAACGAUGCCAUGAAAGAUGAAAUAGAAAAAAUAGCUAAUAAAGUAGCGCCUUUGGCAAGAUCAAAAACAGACGAGAUUAGAAAGGAUUUAAUGAACUUCACCGAUGAAGUGCGUGAGAAUAUCAGUUACAUUGUAUUUCGCAAUGACAUACACGAAAAAAAUGAAUCUACUGAUGAUCAAAGUGAAAACCCAAAAGAUCAUAACAAAGUGAUUGCGAAGCAAUUAGAAAGUGUGCUUAAGCGGUCACAUAGUCCCUCCUCCCCAAAUAGUUCUACUUGUUCUUCCCCGAACAGUGUAGCCACAGUCAGAGCAGCUUCUGCACGAAGUAAGAAUUACUCAAAUAGAAGACACUCUUCAUCAUCCUACAAAAGUAGUUUGAACAAUAGCGAAUCUGAUAAUAACACUCCGACCAAGAACAAGAAAGUUGUCAAAAGAUGUAAGAGUUCCAAAAAGACAGCAGACAGCAAAGAUGUCGAUAACAAAGAGAAUGUUCCAGAAUCAACUAAAAACUUUGCCCCAAAAGAUAAAGAGAAAAUUGUUAAGUUGCCGUUUGUAAGUCGUCACAAGAAUGUUUAUAUAGCACAAAUGAAAACUGAAAGCGCAUCGACGGCGAAUGCCGUGCCAAGGAACAGGGCACAAAUAGCAAAGAAAUCUAGCAUUAAAAUACCUACACCGGGAGACAACGACGAGAAACGAUUAUCGACAAGUCCAACAUUGUCGAAGAAGAGGUCUAUAAAAUCUGAUACUUCUUCCGCGUACGAAGAUUGUAAUCAAAGUCAAUCAGAGUCGAACGGUAGUUCGGAAUCCGCAAACAUGGUUCUAGUGCUGGAGCAACCACCCAAGCAUGAAGUGCUUUCAGGGGCGAACAAUACAUUACAUAUUUCGUCUGCUGAGACUGUCGCCGUUAAAAGUGACAAUAUUGUAAUAGCCGAGUGGGUACAAAAUGCGAGUUUACACAGUCAGGCCAGCAGUAUUCUAAACUCAAUGAGGCAAAUACUCGAAGAAACACUAGACAUUAUUGUUAAUCCACAUGAACAUACCUUGCAAGAAUCUAAAACUGUAACUUUAAGUAGAGAUGACAUUCAGAAGUUAAAACUAGAUAAGCAUGGAUCGCCACGAAAUAAAGCAGUCGUUAGUACUAACGAAAACUUUAACAGUAGUUUUUUGGAGAACAAUAUAGAAAAUGCUCUGAAUCGGACUUUUGAUAGUGUUCUCGGUGACGAAUCGACAGUCAGUUUAAAUGACACCAGGCUAACAGUGACUGACUUGGACUUACUAUCAUUCAAAUCUAUAACAUCAGUAUCGAAAUAUUCUGAGUAUUAUUUGGCUGAUAAUGAUUUUAAUAAUACCUCUCAACCGAUAGAGGUAACGCAGGCACCGAAUAGGAAUUCGGUGCAAGAUAUAUACGAAAGGAAAGAACCGCACCCGGUACAGAACGCAGGAGGGGCUCUUGCGGUACAGGCAUUCAGUGGUUUCUCUAUCAACGGCGAGCCGGUGGCAGGAGAUCAACCAGACUCAAUCGCACUUAUUGAUUCGGAGACAGGAAGUCUAGCCGUAGACAUAAAUAGACAAGCCACAUCGGAGGAGCUUUUUAUAUCGGGUCGAUCGUCGGACAGUUACGAAUCGUGUCUCAUUGAUGAAGAUGCGGUCGUUCCAAAUUGGUUAUUUCAAAUUAUCAGUCAGCAGCAUUCUGUGGAAGAAGACGCUGAGCCAGCGCUGCUCGCUCCCGUAGAUGCGCCGCUCGCUGAGCCGUUGUAUGACGCGAACGGGAACGUCAUUGAACCGGCGAUGGUCGGCGUGGGCGCCGGUGCGGGGGACGGCCGCGGCAUGCACAGCGACCACUCGCAGGACAGCUCGGGCCGAGGGACCUCGCUGAGCUCCAGCGAUACCUCCUCAGGCCCCCAGAGCGAAGUCAGCGCAAUUCUCAUUGACCCGUCGACGUUCACGGGUCAGUUUGAACUUCUGCGAGAUUCUACGGCCGAUACACUGGUGCCACUCGAAGCAAAUCAAAGCUCUUCACCGAGCCACACUUACAGAAUUGACGAUGACAAUGGCACGUUGAUUGGUGUUCACGACGAUCGUGCCACAUUGAACGGGGCCAGUGAUGUAGACGCAGACAUCAGCUCUAUAGACACGGAUGUACCGGAUUCCUCCGACAACUGAACAACUCUCAACCGCACUGCGAGAUGAAUCAAGUGAACGGUGCAAAUUGAUCAGCCGAAAUUGUUACCGCGUAUCAGACGUAUACAAACUCGUGAAAAUUUCGACUGCAAGUAUUUGCCGGUGAUAUGGGUCGAAAGGGAAUAUCGUAGGCCAUAGGCUACGCUGGGUUUGACGACCCCAAAAUUAAGUAUGACUAUAAUAAGUACUGUUUCAAACAAAAUGAUCAACGGUCAGUUUGCACAAUAGCUUGUUGUUGAUCUUCCAGUGUUUAGAGGAAUACGUGUUUCGAAGUUUGUGGCAAUGGAUCAUUUUGAGGUAAAGGGUGAAAUUCCACGUUUUCUUGGAAAUUAUAGUGUUGCCGCCUCGGCGCAUUGUAGAUAUCGGCGUUCUAAUAAAUUAUUUGUAUCUCGA